UUCAUAUCAUUCUCAUUCUCAAUAUCUAGAUCAUGCUCUCUUCGGCUGGUCUCAGGGCCCUUGCGCCCACCAUCGGACUGAUCUAUGGCUUCCAGGCUGCCUGUGCCUCGAUUGCUGUCCCGCUGAAGACCGAGAAGUACUAUGACCUCUGCGGGUCAAUGGGCUUCCUGUCGGCUGUCGGCUUCUCCCUUUACUGGCCUUCAUUGCGAAGCAAGUUCAUCGUGGGUACAGCCGGGGCCACGAUUCCGGCCAUCACCGCCUUCCACCCUAGGCAGCUGGUCAUGAGUGGUAUCACCGCUCUCUGGGCAGGUCGCCUGGGGACCUUCCUUUUCCAGCGCAUCCAGAAACACGGUGGUGACUCCCGAUUCGACGACAUUAAGCCCUCUCCCGUCAAGUUCUUCGGCGCCUGGAUGAUGCAGGCCACCUGGAUUGCUAUCACUGCUCUGCCCGUCUGGCUCAUCAACACGACUCCUCGAACCUUGCAGCCAAAGUUUGGACCUCUUGAUUUCCUGGGCUUGAGCGUCUGGGUGCUUGGGUGGGGUCUUGAAGUUGUUGCUGACCGGCAGAAGACCCUCUGGAGGGAGGCAAAGAGCCAGGGCAAGCACGACGAGCAGUUCAUCGGGUCUGGAGUCUGGGCAUGGAGCCGACACCCCAACUACUUUGGUGAGGUAUCAUCCUGGGUAGGCCAGUACAUCCUCUCGCUCUCUGCCCUGUCCGCUGCUUCUGGACCUAUGGGUGCUACUUCCCUGACUGCCUCCUCGCCUUGGUUUCCUCGCUACAUCGUCUUUGCCGCGGCGGCGUCGCCCCUGCUGGAGUACGCGCUGAUCAGGUACAUUUCUGGAGUGCCGAUGCUGGAGCAGUCUAUUGAGAAGAAGCUGGGCGAUGAUCCCAAGUGGAAGCAGUACAAGAAGGAGACUCCUGUGUUCAUUCCUUUCAUCGGAGGCUCGAAGGCGUAGGCGUAGAUGUAAGGCAUGAGGUGGGAAGCGAAAUUGUAGGAGGAAAGAAAGCACUUUUUAUGAGACGAGGUUCAAGCGCUCGCGUCCGUCAUGCGUACGACGGACGUGUGAGGCAUGCUCGCAAGACUGGAACGUUGUUAUUCACCGCAUCUCGGUAUCAUCUUGUCAGACCUGCUUUUAAAAAGCAACAUGAGUCUGCCUAGCAUCUCAUGCAUGUUCAGCGCUUGUCAACCAAAUCACAUCUGUCUCUCGACCAUGUCUCCGUCCCCUGCGACCCCAGACGCGUAGGGCGUUCCGGGAGAUUUUAGUUCC